CUGCACUCUUCAACGCAGUCAAGGCGGGCUCUGAGGAGUUGAGGUUGGACGGCCAUGCAGGCCCCUGGCGCCGGAGUGGGUGGAGCGGAGGGCAACAGCAGUGACCAGCGUGGCGCGGGUUUCUCUGGUGGCGCGGGAACCCACACAACAGCCUUUUCACGGGUUGUCCAGAUACCUCAUGGCCCAUGGCCCUUUGGGCAGAUUGUGCUCCUGGGAAGCAGCACAGUGACGCAACUGCAUGAAUUCACCGUAAGGGUGCCCUUCCGGUCUCACAUAGAAGCGGAGGUGGUCCGAACAUCCCUGGCUACUUUCGGAGAAAACCUUGACGUACCCAGAGUGCUCAGCGUGGCUGGGAGAAUCCUGACUGUGAGAUGGGUGGCCCAGGACCAAGGACGCCUCCAGGCAGUGUUCAAUGCCUUCCUUAAUGACCUCUUGCGGAUCAUACCACGUUUUGGGCCCUCAUUUCCCACUGAGGCUCUGCUAGGAAAAAGAGGUUGAGGCCCAUGUUCCCAUGUCAGACAGUGCAUCCCUCCCUAGGCCCUAAAUUCCUGCAUGUAUUGCCAUGUCCUUGUUGAAGCCUAACUUUUUUUUUGCCUUUGUUAGUUAUUCAUUGGGUGCUCGGGGCCCACUUGUUUAGUGUCCCUGUUGCUGGACAAGAGACAUGACUGAAUGUGUGUCACUUCACAAAAUAAAGU